CCCAGUUACCUCCCCUCUCCUCUGCACCCUCACCCUCCUCACCCCCUCCUCCCAAUCUGCGAUAAACUAAGUGAUAGCAGCAGCCCGUCGGACUGUCGGCUAUAAAACACAACAAAUCAUAAAGUGCAGGCAGGGGAAGGCAGAGGAAGGAGGACGGGAGGGAGAACCGUUAGCCGUUAGCCGUUAGCCUCCUUCUACUCCUCCUCCUUCUUCAGUGCGUAAACCUUGUUGUGUUUGUUUCGUGCCCUCCUGUCCUCCCCUCUCCUCUCUUUUCUCCUCUUUUCUUCUCAUCCUCCCUCUUCACUUUCUUCCGAUGAGUUCCUAUUUUGUCAACUCCUCUUUCCCGGUGACAAUACCGGGAACGGGAGGCGCUGGGCAGGCGGCAGCGGAGUCGUUCCUGGGUCAGAUCCCGCUCUACUCGUCUGGAUACGCAGCCGACCACCCGCUCAGGCACUACCCGGCAGCAGCUGUUACCGCCGCCGCUGCUGUUGCGUACGGUGCGAGCGGCGGCGUGCACCAGGACAAACCUUACUCAGCUUCCUCAUACUACCAGCAGGCUGCAAACGGAGCUUACGGUGCGCACCGGGCGGCAGCGGGGGUCGGUGUCGGGGGCGCAGGCGGAGCAAGCACCUGCGACUAUGCCACGGCGGCAGCGGCGGCCGCAGCGGCAGCCACGAGCUUUUACCGGGACAAGGAUCUCCCGUGCAGCCUUGAGGAGCACCAGCUCGCGCAGCUGGCACAGGAAGGCAUGCACCGUAAAGCGGAGUGCGCGGGGCUGAGCGGCAAAGGGCUGUUCGGUGAAACGAUGGACGACAAACAGUCGGCGCCCAUCUACCCGUGGAUGCAGCGGAUGAACGCGUGUAACGGGACCUUUGGUAGUCCCGGGAGGCGCGGGCGUCAGACAUACACGCGCUAUCAGACCCUCGAACUGGAGAAGGAGUUCCACUUCAACCGGUACCUCACGCGGCGGAGAAGGAUCGAGAUUGCGCACGCGCUCUGCCUCACGGAGCGGCAAAUCAAGAUCUGGUUCCAGAACCGGAGGAUGAAGUGGAAGAAGGAGAACAAGCUGAUCAACUCCUCUUCGUCGUCCUCCUCUUCCUCCACGGUGAACGGGGCGGAGGAAGAGGAGAAACGGACGGAGUGAAAAGAGGAGUAAUAAACUGAUGGAGACAUUAAAGAGAGGAAGAGGAGGAUGGAAGAAAAGACUUGCUGGUUAAUCCCUCUCCCUCUCAAUCUUAGAGUUUAAGUCAGGACGGCUGUGUGGUGUAAAAACUCUGGGAAAGAGAGCAAGAAAGAACGAAAGAGUCCUAGGUUUAUUUUAUUUAAUUUUUGUUGCGGAGCAGGACCGAAACAUGUAGAACAGGAGGAAGGAGGAGGAGAAUAUUCUUAUUUAUCCUUCUUAUACCGCCAACUACUUAUCUAUGUAUCUAUUGGCUGAAAUUUCCUCCCUGUGGUGUCUUAAAAUUGGUGAAUUAGCGAUAAAACAUUCUCGAGAAGGAACCCUUUGACCCAGGAAGGAGCAGACUAAAUUAAGAAAUGUCAAUGAGAGAAAAAAAGAGCAAAAGGAGGAGUGAGAAAAACGUUUGAGGACGGGCUCUGGCGUUAGAAAAUGUGUUUGGAUAUCCUUAAAGUAAAGUGAGACACAUUUCUUCUUGCAUUCCAAAAGAAAACUACCUAACUUCGUAUUCUACCUACUUCUGAUUUUGUAAAAUGUACUUCCUGUCUGCUGGCACUUGUUUUGUUCAGAAACUUUUGGACUCCUCGGGCUUUCCCUCCUAAAUAUUUUUUUAUUUUUUGAACGUUUUGUGUGUAUUAUACCUUUAAGUAGCCGAACGUGCAAACACGCUCACGCACACAGACUGUGGGAGGAAAAGGCUAUUUGAGAAGUGUAUGUAGGCCUGUGUCAUAUGUUGUUCAUAUUUAAACUGUAUAGGAAAAAAAAUACACCUUGUACGGUGGAGAUAAUGUAAA